AAAGUGAACCUGAGAAAAACGUAUAGUGAAAGAAUGGCUACAGAGAACACUGUAACUUCAAACCCUAGCAAUGGAGAACGACGAAAGGUGCUCGUCGUAACGGGCCCCACCGGUUCCGGCAAGUCGAAGCUUGCCAUCGAUUUGGCUUCACACUUCGCCGUCGAAAUCAUCAACGCUGAUUCCAUGCAAGUAUACCGUGGCCUCGACAUUCUCACCAACAAAGUCCCUCUCUCUCACCAAAAUGGAGUGCCGCAUCAUCUCCUGGGUACCGUAAGCCCGAACACGGAAUUCACUGCUAAAGCGUUUCGCGAUUCCGCUAUUCCUAUCAUCGAUGCCAUAUUAGCUCGCAACCACUUGCCUGUUAUAGUUGGGGGUACAAAUUACUAUAUCCAGGCUCUAGUGAGUCCGUUUCUGCUAGACGAUUCUGCAGAAGAUACGAAUGAAGGUUGUUUGGAUGAUCCACCUGGUAUUGCGCUGUCUGAUAACAGUUUCUUUGCUGAAAACGAUGGUUCAAACAAUAGUUAUGACCUGCUUAAAGAUAUUGAUCCAAUUGCUGCAAAUAGAAUCCAUCCAAAUAACCAUAGAAAGAUAAAUCAAUAUAUUAGUUUGUAUACUCGCACUGGUGUUCUUCCUAGCAAGGUUUUUCAAGGAAAGGCUGCGGAGAAGUGGGGUCAAGUUGAUAACUUAAGAUAUGAUUGUUGUUUUAUAUGUGUGGAUGCAUCUCUCCCUGUAUUGGACAGAUAUGUGGAGCAGAGGGUAGAUUGCAUGAUGGACGCUGGGUUACUCAAUGAAGUCUAUGACAUUUACAAUUUGAAUGCAGAUUAUACAAGAGGUCUGCGGCAGGCCAUUGGUGUCCGUGAAUUUGAACCUCUUCUUAGAACUUGUUCUGUCAAAGACAUGUGUGAAAGAAAGAGGGAAUUGACCGAGGGAUGCAGCAUAGAAAAGGGUGAGAAACUGUUUAAUGGUGAUCUGAUGGAGUUGGUGAGAUCUUCCACUGAUACUGAAUCCGUAGUUCUUUUGGAAGAAGCAAUUAAGAAAGUAAAGCUUAAUACCCGGAGACUUGUUCGCCGUCAGAAGAGGAUGCUCAAUCGACUGCAAAUACUGUUUGGUUGGAACAUACACUAUGUUGAUUCCACAGAAUCAAUAUCAAGCCAAUCAGAUGAUGUAUGGACUGACCAAGUGGUAGAAUCUGCCGUAAAGAUAGUUAAAUCUUUCGUGAGUGAGAAUGGAAGCUUCUCAUCCACCUUUGGAACAUCAACCGAAACGGGGAUGAAAACAGUCCAAAGGGACCUCUGGACUCAAUAUAUAUGCAAGGCCUGCGGAGAUCGGGUACUUAGAGGAUCACACGAAUGGGAACAACACAGAAGAGGUCGUGGCCACCGAAAACGUAUUUCUCAUCUUAAGAGUAAGACGUUUCGUGGAAAAGAAGGUGAACAUUUCCCAGUGUGAACAGUGAGAUACUGUGUUAUAAUUUGGAAUUCGUUCCAGUUAUGAAAUGAAUGUAUGGCGUGUAUUCCUAUUUACACCUUCUC